AUGGCCGAGAGGCACCAGCGGCUUGAAUCCGAGAGUGCCAAAUAUGAAGAGAGAAUGAGGGUAUUCGAGCAAAAAGCUGAGGACAGGGCCCGAAUAUGUGAUGAGCUAAGAACCAGACUCGAGGAGACGGUUGAGGCUAAUGAUCUUCUCAAAACCGAGCUUGAGUCGGCCACUCAAAACCAGAGAAUCCUCGAUGAAGAGAGGAAUGAGUUAAUGGUUAAGCUAGCCCGGGCUGAGGCCGAUUUGGCAGAAGCCCUGAAAAGUGUGGAAGCUGCCGAGGCUUACUCCACGGUUGUAGUAGAGCAUGAACGGUGGAAGUCUCGGAGGAUCACCCUCGAGGAAGCCGAGCGUGGCUUUACUGAUCUCCCGGCCCUUAUUCUCGAGGCUAGAAGGACCGAGGAAGAAGCCAAAAGAGCUCUUGAUUCCGACUCCGAAGACUCUGAGCGGACAGAGUCCGAACAUUCUGGUUCCAGCCAUACCGGAUAG